AUGUCAACUAUAACCGAUAAUGUCAAGCCGGCCGAAGAGUUCGUCGUGUUCACCGACGAGUCCUCCACGACUCCUCGCGAAGAUAAAACCAACGCCACCCCGCCAACGGUAGCCCAGACUUCAACUUCAGAUUCACUAUCACUCGAUAACACUGCUCCACCAAAAUCUAUUACUAGAAUAGAUAGCUUUCCAAAGACUUUACCAUUACCUGCUUCAUCUAUACUUUCACCAGUUUCAGCUGUUCGAGAGCACGAUCUACUCCCCCCACUAUCUGAGCAACAAACCCCACCAACAGACGCAGAAGAUAUAGUUUCACCUCCAGAAAGGAGCUUAGAAGAUAUGCUCGUUCAAACAGCUCCACUUCUUCACACCGACCAUACAGGGACGGCAACUCCAUUGGCGGAACUUGCCGGUACAGAUUUCGACCAACAAGUCGCUUUGAGGCGAAGAGGCGACAGCAUCCUAGGCGAGGAAAUCUCAGAGGGUGUAUCAAAGUUGGGUGUUGAAGGAGAAACUACUCCGCUUGCAAAGGAAAUCAUCCUACCGCCGCGAGAAGUUUUCUCAGCGGAAGAAUUGGCAGCUAGGAAGAAUAAUCCUGCUGUGGUAUCUGCACUGCCACAAACACCAUCAGCAGAAGACUUCGAAGUCGCAAAGAUUCAAACUGGUGCAAACUUUACACCAGAAUUCACCGAGACGAAGGUCGCCUCGUAG